AUGUUCUGGGUGAUUGGAGAACGUGACCUCGGUCGUUGCACGUACCAACAGUGCCACACGUGUUUUCGUAGCAAGUCCCGUUUGAUCCAACAAACCGUAGCAGACCAACCGUCCUCGCGAGUUUUGCCAACCAGACCAUUUUCCGUAUGCGGUGUAGACUAUUGUAGGCCUGUCUACAUUAAAUCACCACUACGCAACCAUGUACCGACGAAGGUAUACAUCGCAAUCUUCGUGUAUUUCUCCACUCGCGUUGUCCACAUCGAAAUGGUCUCUGACCUAUCCACGCCAGCUUUGAUGGUAGCCCUUCGCCGUUUCGGCGUCCGCAGAGGAAGAAUGAGGGAGAUCCAUAGCGACAACGGCACCGAAUUCAAGGGAGCGUCCAACAAGCUUAACCGAAUCCACCAGAUGCUAAAGUUUGUUCAGGGCGGACGAAAGAUGAUCCUCGACUGGUGUUCCGAGAAUGAGAUCACGUGGCGUUUCAUUCCACCUCUCGCUCUGCACUUCGGUGGUCUGUGGGAAGCAGCCGUCGAGUCAGCUAAGCACCAUCUGCUGCGUGAGAUCGGCAUUAUGAAUGUCAGCUACGAGGACAUGAUAACUAUACACGCCCAGAUCGAGAUGUGUCUAAACUUCAAAUCUCUCACCGCCAUACCGUCCGGUCCGUCAGACCUGGAAGCCCUGAUUCCAGUCCAUUUCCUGGUAGGAAUCAGCCUACUAGACGUUCCAGAACCGUCGCUGUCCGAUGUACCGGAUAAUAGACUGUCGCAUUGGCAGUUCACUCAGAACUGCAGUCACGAGCCACCCCAAGCAACCACAAGUUCGGAUAAUACUUAA